GCCAUAACUGAGCGCACAUACAUAUAUACAUACACACAGAAAAAUAGCUAACUGUGUGCCUCAAAGUUGUAAAGUGUUUGUUAAGUAUUUGUGAGACAACUCUUGUUUUGGCGGAGAGACCGGCCCUCGAUUGCCAUAAUUGGUGAUACCAUUGAUCAUUGACAACGACACCACAACACCAACUAAAAUAUAAAAACAUACAUAUAUUAUAUACCAGUGCUCUCUCUCUAUAUACUUCUCCCUCUCUUUCAUCUCUUAAGCUCAAAAAAACAUACAAACAAUGUUAAGAUGUCUUCAAAAGGAUUUGCUUCGCAAGUAUAAUAACGAUGGACUCGUUAGCCAUACCAGUGAAGAACAAAGGAAAGUCGAGAAUACAAUUGAGGAAUGCUAUGAUGUGAUCGAAGAGUCAAUUAAAUCCAGCGGUGAUGAUAAUCAAGUUCCACAAUUAUUACGAGAGAAACACCUAAAAUAUUUAGUCCGCGGACUAACCCAUCCAUUACAUCAAUCAUUCCAAUGUCUGGACGCCUCCCGUCCGUGGCUUACCUAUUGGAUCACUCAUUCGCUGGCCAUACUUGAGGCCGAUUCCGAACUAACUAUCAAUGCUCACGAUGUGAUCAAAUUCUUAAGCAAAUGUACCAAUAAGGAGGGCGGGUAUGGGGGCGGACCACACCAGAUAUCACAUUUGGCCACAACAUAUGCCGCCGUCAAUGCAUUGGUCACACUAUCCACUGAAGAGGCCUUGAAAUCCAUCGACAGAAACCAAAUCAAGAAAUUUUUGCUACAAAUGAAACAAAAUGACGGGUCAUUUAAGAUGCAUUUCGGCGGUGAAAUUGAUAUCCGAGGUGCCUACUGUGCCAUAUCUGUGGCCAAACUUAUUGGUAUUGAUGACGACAAUCUUUUUGAAAAUACUCCCGAAUGGCUGCUCUCGUGUCAGACAUAUGAAGGUGGCUUCGGUGCAGCUCCGGAACACGAAGCUCACGGUGGCUAUACAUUCUGUGCGGUGGCAGCUCUUGUACUACUAAACUGUUUAGACAAAUGCAAUGUUAAGUCACUAUUGAAAUGGGUUAUCAAUAAACAGCACAGAUAUGAGGGCGGAUUUGCCGGAAGAACAAACAAACUGGUCGAUGGCUGCUAUUCCUUCUGGGAGGCGGCUAUUCUUCCUAUUGUUCACAUAUAUUUGGCACAAAAGUAUCCGUCCUUAAUGCCAGUCGACAAAUGGUUGUUCAAUCAGCAAGCAUUACAAGAAUAUAUUCUGUGCUGUUGUCAGGAGAAGAAUGGCGGACUAAUUGAUAAGCCGGGCAAACACCGGGACUAUUAUCACACUUGCUAUGUGUUGGCCGGACUAAGUAUAGCUCAAAAUGCACUGUCAAGUCAAUUGAUAGUCGGAUCUCAGGAUAACAAAGUGGUACCAAUUCAUCCAUUAUUUAACGUUAAGUUAGAUUCGGUUCGCUUUGCAAAUGAAUAUUUUGCCACAAAUUCGUGAUAAUUAUAUUUGCAUUUAUUAUAUAAUAUACAGUAUAUAACAUAUUAUUAUAGACUGAAAACAACUGAUAAAAUUUGAUUAAUUUACAGAAUUUUCAUUUAAUUUAAAUAUGAAUUAAAAUUCAAUAACUAAGUCAUUAUUAAUAUUGUUUGUUUGUUUUUUAAUAAAAACAUUUAC